CGCGGUUUUUAUGCUGUUUAUAUAUUUCCUUCAUGAAGGUCAUCGCCUUCAAGUCGCUCGUUUGAUCCCUCUUUUUGUCGCUUUUGUCAAGUGAGUUGUAAUUAGGUAAACAUGAUGGCUCCUGUCACCAGAAGCGGCUGGCUGUUGCUGCUACAAGCCGCCACCACACUCAUUUCUGGAGUUUCUGCUCGCUGCAACAGCUGCAAGGCGAGUGAUGAGCUUCUCGUGCUCUUGCGUUCCGAGGACGUCUUCUCCGAGGCCCUUCCAUUCUGCAGCAGUGUGUUGGGUCUUCCCUUGGAAACCGCCGAAGUCACGGCCACUGAGGAGGUAGUUAUCACCGUGACUCAAGCCACAACCGUCACCCAAGUCAUCUCAGACAUCUCCUCCGUCACCGUCACCGUCUCUGCUCCCGUUGCUCCCACCUCCCAAGCGAUCGCAGUAACCGAAUACAAGAAGCAUCGCCGUGACACUGCGCUUGCCUCCCUCCCCACCUGGCUCCCCUCCGGCGAAGACGCCUACCCAGACACCCGAAUCUCCUCAGCCUGCCACUGCCUCGACAGGUCCAGCGCCAUCCCCCUGUCCACCACAACCAUCACCCACAUCAACCCAGAUAACGCCGUCACCGUCACCGAGCCAGCCACGUCAACCGUCAUUUCCACUCUCGUGUCCACCGUGACAGCAACAGAGACCCUCGCCCCCCUCGCCCCUUCGUCAACAACCAUCAGCGUUGCGAUCCAAGUCCUGAGGAAAUCCACAGGUCAAUCCGUCGGCUGGGUCUCCAACUCUGCCGGCCCCAGCAUCGUCACUAACCAAAACAGCGCCCGCCGCUUUACCAUCACCAUCCCUGAUGACCAGAGCACCACCUCCGGCAUCAGGAUUCAACUCGUCGGCGGUGAGGCCACCCAGGCGCUCGGUUUCAUGACUGCGGGCGGUACCACCAGGAUAGAGACGUACUAUGGCAGCACCGACUACGUUCCGUUGACAUCCGCCAACGAACCAUAUGUCUGCGCCGCACAGUAUUGCCACGCCACGGACAUUUGGACUCUAGACACAGAGACAGGCUCAAUCGGCUGGAAUUGGGUCAUCCCCGAUGGAAGCGUCGCUCCGGUUGUUCUGUAUCGUGUUGGCGGGCGGAUGUACCCCGUUGGAAACCUCGCGGCCUUUAUGUCUUCGACGAGUUCGGCGCCGUCCGACACCAAGUACGAGAUCACCCUCCGAUAUGUGGAGAUUGUUGAGACUGCUCCCGCGGCUCCCUGAACAUUUGACAGCAGGGUGGUGACCUGAAUUAGGAAGAAAGUACACUUUAUCGCAUCUAUACGUGACUUAUUAAUAGAUCAUCACAUAUCAAUAACAAGGUGACUGCGCGUCGCUUCCAGAAGC